CUGUUCUUCUUCCUAAACUCUCAACGUUCUUCAACGUGAUCAUCGUUGGCGACGUUCUCCGUUUGAAAACGACGGCGAGUUCGUCGUUGUCGGCGUUGAGCUCCCUUACUAAACUCCAUUUUUACAGUUAUAACUCAAUUUGACUGCGGGGACGGCCUUGUCCCCUUGCAACAGUGUCGGCGAUUAAUCACACCCACUCCACUCGCAAUAUUGUGCCCAAGCUCGUACAGUCAUCAAGAACAUCGCCCAUCUUGCUAAUGGGCCUAUCUUUUGGCGGGCUUGGUUUGAUUUCCCUAUGGACCCCCUUGUAUUUCUGGGAUGACUCUGCGCGUGUUCGCAGCGAAUUCAGGUCCUUCCUCUUUGCCCUUGUAUUUGUUGCUGUACUGCUCAUCCUUGCAUAUCUCACGAAUCCCUCAGAGACAUCCUUUCGUGCUUAUUUAACCGAGCAAUCCUUCCGUCAGCACCUCAGCCAUCUUGAUGACACCACAGACGAAUCUUCUGAUACUGAUGCUCAAUACAACUCCCGUCUCGUGGACCGCAAUACGCUAACCGACCGCACCCCCCUUCCUUUUCACUUUGCUAACCGCGCUUCAGUAUCUCUACGCACCCCAAAGCAUGUAUUCCACAGUUUUGGCAUCUGCACGAUCGCCACUACUCGCGGAGCUGCUGGAGUUCAUGGUCGUAGCUCAAGCAUGGCUAGUGCGCAUGGUAACGGGAACUUGGCUGGUGUUGAUCACGAUGGAUCCGUAGUUUCAGAUUCUUGGUUUAUUGGCGCGUUCGGUCACUGGUGGCGCGGCGGUCUUGUUGAUUCCUGGUAUCAUGAUGCCAUGAUCCGAUCAAAGGAUGCCGAAGGCUGGAGCUCUGGUAUACUCGGCUUUAAGGCUCUCGACAAGCUCAACGAAUUCAACGAAGGUCUGCCGUUUGCAAAGUCGGUUCCCUGUCCCAGGCUUCCGGCACGUGGCACCCCACCUAGGUUGCGUAAUCGUGAGCGUUUUGCGCCGCGUCUUGGAGCAAUUCCUCGACGUAAUUCAACACCUCCGCCACUUCCCAAGUCAGCGUCACUUCCCUUGCACACAGAUCAUCGAACACACGAGCACAAUCCUCCAGUAUCUCAACCGGUUCUUGACCAAACCUGUCUUGGCAUCUAUGCGCCGCCUGUUGCUCAAACUAUCUCAUGUGGCCCUUCGAGAUCUGCAUCUGUUGACGACUCGCCGAUCAUCGCCGAAGUCUUGAGGCAAAUCACUGCCCAGCAAGCUUUUGUCGCAGAGCUCGACAACCAACUUUGCGAGGCUCAGACCGCAGUCAUUGCGUCCCAUGAUGCGUUGGAGGCGGAGUUGGUAGAGCUGCGCAUACGCAAGCGCGAUGAAGAUCAACGCAAAACCGAAGGGAAAGCUCGUGCCAAGAUGCUCGAGGAUGCUCGACGUUCCGCUGAAGCAGGGAGAAGAGAUGCCGAGAAGAAGCUCAAGGCUGCCCGUGGUGUGAAAGAGGGUGCUGUAAGGCGCAUUGAGGAACUGGAGAAUGAAAUUGGCAGGUUAAGGGAUCAAACCAAGGCAGACCGAGCGACUUUGCUUGAAGAAGCCGAGAUCGAGGACGCCAGCUUAACCCAGGAACUGGAGCAGGAGCUUGAGGGGAAGAAGAAGGAGGUUCGGGUCGCCGAGGAUGUCGUCACCGCCCUUAGCACCCGCGCGAAGGAGCUCGAGGUCAAAAUAACAGAGGGUCGCGAGCGACUGAGGGCAGCUAGGGAACGGACGGAGGUUUUGAAGCAUGAGCCAAUCUUCGUUCCUAUGCAGGCUAUGAGCAGCAGCCAUACCUCCACCCAAGAGCAAUACGGUCACAUUAACGGUCACGGCAACGCAAAUGACUAUGACGUCGGUCAAGCAGAUGCAAUAUCCUGGUCUUCAACUUUCAGUCCCUUUGAUGAUCCGUCAGACGUCCUCUCUUCACCCGGGACUUCGGAACACGCACAGAGCAGUUUUAAUUCCAGAGAUCUUUCUCGCUCGCCCAGACCUCCGCGGCUUUCGUUGGGAUCACUAUCAAAUUUCAGCCCCAAUGCAAGUGAAAUAGGUGCUGUUUCGCAUCGUUCCAAUGGGUAUACCACCUUUGAUGACACCCUCGCGCACCCGUCACAUUCUGGUCAAACUGCUCACGGUUACUUCUCCCCUCAAACGACUUCAUUUUCUCCCUUUGAUGUUCAAACACCGUCUUCAGCAUUCAUUCCGAGCAGCCUCAUUAGCGUGCUGGACUCCCCUUCUGGAGACUGGCGAGGCAUUGGAAGAACCGGAGGUGCGCUCAGUGGGUCACCUGUAUCCCUCACUGGUCCUUCACCUGCACAUGAAAUAAACGUCGAUUAUGAUCCUUUCGAAGUUCGCCUCCAUACUCAGGCCAUGUAUGAUAAAAUGGGCAUGCCUCACCGCACGAACUCUGAUCCCUCCGCCAUACAUGUGCUGGAUAAUGAUGCCGCUACCGCAGGGUUGGAUUCUCCACGCAGGUGGUUCUCGACGUCUGCCAAGGACAAGCAGCGCAAAGGCCUCAAUCCUGAUGCCAAGGUUUUCCGACUUCCGCGACGAAAAGCUCCGGCUAUGUCUGAACCCACCAGCGCCCCUCCUACAGCUUGCUAUGACGCGCUGAACCCCAAUGGACUCAUGACUAACCAUACUUCCUCGACACCAUCUGCCCUCCUUCGCGCAUUUGCUCCCUCCCGAGCGGAACGUGAAGCACUCCAGCGCGCGCUUGGUGGUUCGACUAAUACGAGCCUUGAGCGUCUGCCGAGCCUCAGCGACGUCGGAAGUAUCCCAUCUUCUCCAGUGCACACUGAGGCACACCCGGCGCCGGCAUUCGGGGAGAAGGAGCGUGUUUUACCUGCGUGGUUGCAGUCGCUGCCGUUGAUUCGAAAGCCCAACUUCAGCCCGUGGGAUGACGAAGAACCUGUCUCUGUGAGUACAGGUGGAGAAGUCAAGAGGAAGUAGACGGUAUGGAGCAAGCGUGGUGAGGAAACCUGUACAAACCACGUGCUGAGUCGUCCUGGAUGGCGGAGCAGGUGUUCAUGAUAGAGAAAAAGUGGUGGGUGAGGUGGCUGUAUCUUUUCAAGUAACUGCUUGUUUGAUAUAUAUAUCGCAAUGCACGAAUAUGUUGAACCGUA